AUGGACGUUUCGGGACCAGCAAAGAAAUUUCGAAGGAUUGCCAAACCUGUAAUGGAGAAACGCAGAAGAGACCGCAUUAAUCACAGCCUAGAGACCCUGCGCCUGCUGUUGUCAGAAAAUACAGACAAUGAGAAACUUAGAAGUCCCAAAGUGGAGAAGGCUGAAAUCUUGGAGAGUGUUGUGAACUUCUUCAGAGCUGAGCAAGCAGAGCUUCAGUCCAGAAGCAAAGGCAGGAAGAGGGCACGGGAGGAGGAUACUGACCAUCUCACCCACAAAAGGCAGAUGUACAACGAUGGCAUGAGGGCUUGCCUGCUGACGGUCAGUCAUUUCAUCACGUCCAAAACCCAAGAACUGGAAGGUGGACUGGAGUGGAAGCGUUCCCACAACCACCUGGCACCGCAGCAUCCGGCAACCAUGGCGAUGGCACCACAUGACCCCAGGACUCUAUCAACAAAGCCGCUAUCCAGGCCAGGCUCUCCAGCAGCACACCUCAGUGCAGCCACUGCCCAGUAUGGACCACAAGAGAUAAAAGCAACUUACCUGCCAACAAAGGACUCGGCUGCCUCCCAAAAGCCUUCAUUGGUGUUCAGUGACUGUGUGUGGAGACCAUGGCCACAGUAG